UGCCCCAGGCCGGAAGGGUAAGCAGGCUACACUCCAGGCCGGAAGAGUGAACCAGCUGACUUCUCUGUCAUCAGGCUCCUCACACCUAGCCCUCUACCCCUAGGCACCAUGAAGUUUCGGGCCAGAAUCACCAGCAAGCGUUUUAUAGAGCUUUUCAUUCAGGUCAGCAGCACCAUAGCAAAGUUGGCGAAGGUCUGCGUGCUCCGUGUGUGCCCUGACAGGCUGUGCUUCUGUCCCAUGGGGCUGCUGGGUGAGACCCAGCUGUGGGGUGAGGUGAGACUGGGUGUCUUCCACCACUUCUGCAUGGAGGGUGUUUCACAGGAGUUCAAUGAAAUCUACCUAGAGCUGAUGACUAAGCAUCUGGCCAGGGCUGUGAAGAAUGCAGGCAACGCUUCAUCCCUGAAGCUCCAGCUUACCAACAAGCUGCACCCCUGCCUUACUGUGGUGGUGGAGCUGGCGUCUUGCCCCGGCCACAGCCGCGCCAUGGUCCACGAUCUGCCUGUGAGGGUGCUUCCCAGAAGAUGGUGGAAAGAAUGCGUAGAGCCCCAGGUUUGCCGCCCCGAUGUGAGUGUCUAUCUGCCAGCCAUGAAGACCUUGAGGAACAUGGUGGAAAAGAUGGCAAACGUGGGCAGUCACGUGUUGGUGGAAGCAAAUCUAAAAGGCAACAUGAACUUAAGUGCAGAAACUGAGGGAGUGACUAUUAAAAGCUAUUUUAAAAAUCUUGGAAAUCCUCCAAAUGCCGUUCUGUGUAUGUCUCAAGGCAAAGACCCAGAGAACAUGGUGCAAGUGCGUGUGGAUAAUAGGAAGCUUCUACAGUUUUUCGAAGGACAGCAGAUAAACCCCUCAGUGGCCAUAUGUAAUAUUUUGAGCAAUACUCUGCUUCAUCUUGUUUUGGUUCAUGAAGAUAUUUCUCUUCAGUAUUUUAUUCCUGCUUCAUGACU